AUGUUGUCGCCUUCGAAAAAGUUUUUGGGCCUUCAGGGCACGGCAUUGUCAUGGGCAAUUAGCCUGUGCUCGGCCAGUGCAUUCCUACUCUUUGGCUAUGACCAAGGGAUUAUGGGAAGCAUUGUGAGCACACCGUAUUUUCUCGAGGCGAUAAACGUCAAGGCUGAUGACGCCGAUACUAUCUCGACGGUUGUGUCAAUCUACGAUAUUGGCUGCAUGGUUGGCUGCCUUAUUGCUGCAGGUUGGGGGUCAGCUCUUGGGCGCAGACGCACCAUUGCAAUUGGGAUGGGCAUCAUGGUGAUUGGAGCGGUACUGCAAGCCGCUUCGUACAGUGUUGCGCAGAUGAUUGUCGGCAGAAUUGUCUCGGGUAUCGGAAACGGGAUGAAUACUGGCACUGUGCCAACCUGGGUUUCCGAGACAAGCAAGGCAAAGCACAGAGGACAGCUUGUCGCCACACAGUUGAGCAUUGCGGCUUUUGGGAUUGUCAUUGCAUACUGGAUGAACUACGGAUUCUUCCAUCUCACCGGGCAAAUCGUGUGGCGGUUCCCAGUCGCGUUCCAGGCUGUCUUUGCCAUUUUCACCGUAAUUGCACUUACUUGGCUUCCGGAGAGCCCGCGAUAUCUUUACUCCAAGGGCAGACACGAAGAAGCUGAUGAAGUCAUGUCGGCCCUCAAAGGUCUGCCCCUCGAGGAUGAGGCUGUACAGGCGGAGCGUGCGGAAAUCCUCGCCGCAAUUGCGCUGGAGGAACACUUUGGAGAGUAUAAUUUGAAAACAAUCUUCUACGACAAGUCAGGUCAGAAGAUACCGAUCCGAAUAGCAUUGGCCUGUAUCAUCCAGAUGAUUCAGCAAUUGCCCGGCGUCAACAUCGUCAUCUACUACUCCAGCACCGUGUUCCUGCAGCUUGGAAUAUCUGCCGAGACUGCGCUGGUUCUAGGCGGUGUUGCCUCGAUUAGCUUUUGGGUUGGGUCACUGUUUGGGAUUGCAUUUAUCGAACGAAUCGGCCGCAAGAAGCUCUUGAUCUCCGGCACCAUACCAAUGUUGAUCGGGUACUGCAUCUAUCUGCCCAUGGUGAAAGAUGGCAGAAGUACCCAGCUAUGGGUGGCUUUCGGAGCUACAUGUCUGAUCUGUUUGGCAUUUGGUUGGAGUUGGUUGCCAGCACCCUGGUGCAUUGGGCCCGAACUAGUUCCAGUCAAGUAUCGUCACGUUGGUGGUGCUCUCAACGCCUUCACAAAUUGGACUUUCACAUUCAUCAUCGUCAAGGUUGGACCGAUUGGGAUAGCGAACAUCGGAUGGCGGUUGUACAUUGUCUUCAUAAUCUUCACCUUCAUUCAACUGCCAAUCGUCUGGUUCCUAUACCCAGAAACGAAAGGACUGACUCUUGAGGAGAUCGAUACACUCUUCAUUAAAGAUCGGGCUGUGACGCACACAUUGACGGAGAAGGCAGAAGAGGUACACCAUCUGGAGGAGAACAACAAACCUCAGCUUUAG